GCGGAUGUGCGACGUGUCAGAAGACUGCUAAAAUGAUUGGCAAUGUUGUGACACUUUCCAGCCCUCGUUUAGCUUAACACCGAGAGACGAACUUACAGGCUUGAGCUCUAGUAGCCAGGUGGAGGGUAGUUAUUCUACAAGAAUCCUCCGUGAGAAAAUUAAAACAGCGGAGUAUUUAGAAACUCUUGCUUUUAACACAGGUGUGACCCUUUCAAUUUCAUCUGAUGGGCAUGCUGCCGAAACUUUCAAGCAAGCUCGCCAAAUAUUCCUCCGCUGUAUGCCUUCUUCUUUUCUUCGCCGGAGCCGCCAAUGGGAUCAGGGAACGCUGGUUGCAUCAUACAACGGAUGGAAGCAUUCACUUUUUAGCCAUCGCUGUUGCCAUCGCUGUGUUGUUUUCUUUAGUUGCCUAUCUGUACGGUUACCGAGAUUUUGCUCGAGGAUUCUGUCAUCUGUGGAUAGGCUUUCUUUUCAGCGUGAUGUCCUUCACAGAGAUUGCAUUCGACCAUUUGAUAGACUCACUGCAUGAUUUAGACUCGACAGACAUUCUCAUAAUGACCAGCACUGGAGUACAUUGCUUCAGGAUUUUAUCUGAAAGGAUAUGCACCUCUCCAACGUAUGAAUCGAAAUUCAUGACUACUGAAGAGUUCUUGCUUCUCCUUGGAUUCCUUUCAGGUUCAACUGGAACAAUGUAUUUUGGUAGCAUGCUGACAAUCAUUUCUGCAGUUAUGAUGCAUUUAAUGGCCUUUCACAUGAAAUCAAGUGUCUCCCUUCUAAGUGCAGCCUUGCUCUGCUUUUUCGGUGGUGCAUAUUACUUUCCAGCAAGUGAGGUCAACUACAAUCCAUAUAUUUUAUCAGCUUUUAUCAUCUACCUUUCCUUCGAAUCACUGGUUGAUAUUUAUUUCUCUAGACUGUCCCUUUUGGAAACAUGGAAAAAGUUUAUCUUCCAAAGUAGAUGCAUUCAUAGAUUGCAGAUUCUUGCUGUGACUGUUCUAGAAGCACUGUUUUACAUGUUUAGUUCUCAGCUUAUCAAAGAUCCUGAACUUCCAGUCUACAGACUACCAAUAUUUGUAUUUUUGUCCGUACCAUGGGUGGUGUUUCAUUUUAUGUUUAUUGUAACUUGUUGGGGUUUCGUUGGAAAACUAGAAGAAUGCACAAGCAUGGUGAAUGCAAGGGGAGAGCUUAGUGACAAUAACAUGUCAGAGGUAAUGGCAUCCAAAGGUGUCCGCCACUUCUGUUUGGUGUCACAGAUGGUCACACUAUACACACUGUCGUCAACAUCUCUCAUCAUAGCAUCAGCAUGGCAGGAAACAAACCCAGUAUUCAUUGGCAUGUUGUUGAUCAUUCUUCCUGUUGAACUGCUUUUGUAUGAUAUCCUCACAAAGCUUGGGAAGUCUGUGGGAGGAACAGCCAUUGGUUAUGCUGUGGUUGCACCUGCGCACAAGUACAGCUCAAGUGGUAAUGUUGUUGUUCUUGUAGAAAAUGCCUUCCAGGCAGUCAAUACUAAAGCAAUGGAACUGAUAAAUAUUGUGUCCAGAUUCUUUUCUGGUCACAUGAUUCACAACUUUGGAACAGACUUUUCAACAAGUGGGAUUUCAGCUGACUAUAUUGAAAAGAAAAUCACUUCAUUUUUUGAGCAACGCAUCCUUCCAGGCUUACACUAUGACACUUACAUUCUCUAUUACAGUGGACAUGUGACCAGUGAUGGGGAUUGGGCUCUUACAGAAAAUAAAACACUUUCAUUUGAAACAAUCUUGAAGUGGUGGAGAAACAAAAACUCAUCAACAGGAGCAAGGCUUCUUAUGUUUUUGGACACUGCUCACUCAGACAAAUGGGUAGAUAAUGUGUGGAAAGUUGAAAAGGACUUCAUAGCAAUCCAAACUGGAAAAUUAACUGCUUCUUUUGAUGAAGAACAGGGAAAUACAUUUCCCUUGGGUGAGCUCACAAAGUUAUGGGAUGAUUUCAACACCACUGCUGCAAAACCUGAAAAUUACUGGGACAAAAACAGUGUGAAAGUUAAGCCAGUGUAUGGUGUUUCAAGGGAAUGGUGUUGUUUUAAGUUUCAUGAGCCAACAGUGGAAGAUAUUGCACAGCAUGUGGAGCAAAAUUUUCCAAGAGUUAUCCAACCAAUUACAAAGAUAUUCACCCACUUGCCAUGCAAUACAAACUUGCUCAGUGUAUUUGACUGGUUCACUCAUGGCUUUCGUAGAAUGAAGAUGCGAUGUUUUCCUCCAGCAGUUUAUGAUACUGGACAUGGAUUUAAACUUGUGCGUUGAUGUCAAUAUUUUGCAUGUAUGCAAGCUUUGAAGUGAAUGCCAAACCCCUGACUGCAUUGUAUUCUGCAAUGUACAGUUAUCAAAGUAGACAUCUAAAAGCUUGAACAAGCAAAAUGAAUGGAACAGAAAGGCAUGACUUGUUGAAUCCAAAAACUUAGCUCAGGUUUGCAUGAAGUUCCACAUUGUUCUUUACUACAACAGAAGAUGUAAUUAACAUGUCUGGUAUCUGUUUCUGUAGAGGGCAAUGAACAAGUUGUAAUAUAAUCUUUACAAGGAUUUUUCUGGAUAUUCAGUUUAUCGAUGCAGUCACAGAGACACCCAGAAAGUGUAUUUUACAUUUUGUUUUCUCAGCUGAAACUCUCCAUAAUUGAUUUCAUAUAUUCAAACAGUUGAGAUUUUGCUAAACCCUAUGAGCCCUAAGAGUGAUUAGGAUCUAAUUUCCCCUUACAAUUUCACUCUUAAAUCACUCAUUAAGGUCAUGAGAAUAAUGGAAAUGAUCACCAAGAAAGCUCUUGAUUGUCAAACAAA